CGCUGGCGCGUCAAUCAAGAACGCCGGUGAUCAAUCAAUUGGGCUAGCGGGGACAUGCCAAGCCGUCCUCAAAGAGACCGAGACAGACGCCGAUACUGUAGUUUUGUAGUAGAUGCUGGAGGGACGAUACACGCAGCCGAAAUAUGUUGUUGGUUUUAUUUAUUUUGUCGAUGAGCGCGACUGGCUCAUCAAAUGUGGAAGAAAUGAAGACUCAAGAACGCUUGUUUUUAAACUCGUUGGGCCUCUCCGUUCGACCUAGACCUUCCGAGCACCGCCAGGUUCCGUCGGUGUUGUGGAGAAUGUUCCAGAGGAGUAGCGGUAAAGACAACGAGUUCCUUUUAGCCGAGAACGACCCUUGCGUAGUGUCAGAGUAUGGAGUUCGCGGGAACAUAGUUCGGUUUGUCCAAGACCAAGGCAGAGUGGUGUCUAGGUGGAGUGACGGCUGUCCGGGCUGCGUGGAGAAGCACGCGUUCUUCAACAUGUCCGUCCUCCAGUCUGUGGAGCAGCUCUCCCUGGCUCAGCUGGAACUCAAGUUCCACUGGGACAUAUCUGGUUCUCCAAGGUUCCUCCUAGGCCCCAAGGCCCUCAGCGUGUCCCUGUAUCACGUUCUCCGUUCCACCCUGAAGGGGGCGAACCACCAGGCCAACCGCAGACUCCUCCUGUCCCAGUCGAUCAGGCUGCAUCCUCAACCCAGCUGGCUUAAACUGGAUCUCACAGCCUUAGCGGAGAGCUGGCGCCAACCUGGUCGCAACUACGGCCUGGUGCUGGAGCUGCAACCCUACACCUUGGAUCUCCCGGAGGGCGUCCACGACCAGGCAGGUAACGCUCUUCCCCUGGGGCUCGACACCACCCUCCCGGAGCUCCAGGCCUCCCUGGUGUCGGUGUCCCUCAACCCGCUCCAGUGCCACUCCCGGAGGAAGAGGAGUGCCGUGUACCUCCCGGUGACGCCCAGCACCGUGUGUCGGCCUCGCCGCCUCUACAUCGACUUCAGGGACGUGGGCUGGCAGGACUGGAUCAUCGCCCCGCAAGGCUACCUGGCCAACUACUGCCACGGGGAGUGCCCGUUCCCCCUCAGCGAGAGCCUGAACGGCACCAACCACGCCAUCCUGCAGACGCUGGUGCACUCCCUGGAGCCCCACAGCACCCCCCAGCCCUGCUGCGUGCCCAUCCGCCUGUCCCCCGUCUCCAUGCUCUACUACGACAACAACGACAACGUGGUGCUCAGGCACUACCAGGACAUGGUGGUGGACGAGUGUGGCUGCCGCUGAGACAGGCCCCGUUCCAAACCCAGGCCUGGGCCCCGUUCCAAACCCAGGCCUGGGCCCCGUUCCAAACCCAGGCCUGGGCCCCGUUCCAAACCCAGGCCUGGGCCCCGUUCCAAACCCAGGCCUGGGCCCCGUUCCAAACCCAGGCCUGGGCCCCGGUCCAAACCCAGGCCUGGGCCCCGGUCCAAACCCAGGCCUGGGCCCCGUUCCAAACCCAGGCCUGGGCCCCGUUCCAAACCCAGGCCUGGGCCCCGUUCCAAACCCAGGCCUGGGCCCCUGUGGCUCCAGGGCCCUGCAGUGUCUGGGAGAGGGUGGGCGGUUUGGGGUUUGGAAUCGGACCG